GAACUGAUCACCGGUUAUUUGCUCCAAGUCUUUGUGGGCAGCUUCUUCAGCUUUUGUCAUCAGUGAAUGCGGUUGACAGGAUGACUUCAAAAGUUGGUGUGGAUUCGCCAUCUGUUGAAGAAGCUAGCGGUGGAGGAAGUACCAGAGGAGGUGUCCCACUGAAAAAAGGUCCUUGGACUAAAGAAGAAGACGCGAUUUUAAUGGAUUACAUCAGAAAACAUGGGGAAGGGAAUUGGAGUGCUGUCCAGAAGCACUCAGGACUUGCUCGUUGUGGGAAAAGUUGCCGUUUGCGGUGGGCAAAUCACCUAAGACCAGAUUUGAAAAAAGGUGCUCUAACUCCAGAGGAAGUGCGUCACAUAAAUGAACUGCAUGCUAAGAUGGGAAACAAAUGGGCACAAAUAGCUGCUAAGUUGCCAGGCCGCACAGAUAAUGAGAUAAAGAACUACUGGAACACCAGAAUAAAGAAACGACAGCGUGCAGGCUUGCAAAUCUACCCUCCGGAUAUUUCUUUCCAGGCAUUUAGUGAGAACAAACAAAAUAAGGAGCUGGGAAUUUUCUCCUCUGCAAAUUCACAUCCUGAUUUCUUGCCUAUUAACGGUUUUACGAUUCCAACUGUGGAGUUCAAAAAAUUGGAACCUAGUCAGCUGUUGUAUCCUCGGGCACUUCUUAAUAUUGCUGCUAGUAGCUUUUUUGAUAUUCCUGCAACUAGCCUGCUGGCUCAGGGUCUUAGUUCUUCUAAUACUUGUUCUGGCCUUUCAACCAUGCAUCCAUCCAAGCGUAUACGAGGAUCAGAAUCUUGGUUCUUUGGUCUAAAUGAUGAUCUUUUUCAAGCUUGCCAUCAAUAUCAAAAUGAUGGUUCUUUGCUUGCUCAAUCCUUGGGGUUUUCCUCGUCAUAUACUCAUAAUCUGACAUCUGAUCAUCACCCAUCAUUCUCCGUUGAAAUUCCUGGCAGCCAUGCCCCUUUAAAUGGCAACUCUUCUUCUUCAGAGCCCAAAUGGGCUAAGAAGCUGGAGCUCCCUUCACUCCAAAUUCAGAUGGAAAAUUGGGGUUCACCUUCCCCACUUCCUUCACUUGAGUCCUUCGAUACUUUGAUUCAAUCCCCUCCAAAUGAGCACGCUGAUUCGGGCAGUCUGUCACCUCGGAACAGUGGUCUAUUGGACGCUGUACUUUAUGAAUCACAAACAUCCAAAGCUUCAAAGAAUAAUUCACAUCAGGAGACUUCUUGUGAUGUAGAUGAUUCUUAUCCUGAUCUCCAAGAGACACAGUGGGGAAGAUACAGUGACCCAAUCUCUCCUUUAGGUCAUUCUGCUGCAUCAGUGUUGAGUAAGUAUACCCCUAUGGAGGUUCAUUGGAUGAGCCCCCCAGUUAACAGCGAUGGUGGUUGGUUAAGCAGAAGGUUGACUUAGUUCUGGUUGAUAGGAAGGAUGAUAUAUCAAACCACCAGUUGUAUUCCAGGAUGGAUUCAUGCGUUGCUCUCCUUGUCCCACAACAGAGCAGGGUAAGAACCAUAUGGAAUUAAGAUAUGCUUUCGGGUCUGUUCUUUUUUUACGGUUGUAGCAGGGACUCCAAGCAAAUGGUUAAGCAACUGCAUCAUCUGGUUGUGGACUUGGUUCUUCUGCAUGGAAUGCUGUGUCCACUCUCUAGUCAAUAACCAUUAACCUCAAUGAGAAUACGGUACUUCUAAUGUGUUGCCAACACCAUUUUGAUAAAAAUGUAAUUUUUACAGCUGAAAUGACUGUACAAGACAAUGUAAUAUUUUGCAUCCACUGGAGUUGCAUACCGUUUGUGGAAAUCAACUGAAAACACCGACUCUUCUAUGUGGCGUUAUAUUCUCGCUGUUCAAUUCCACUGUGUUGAUUAGGAAUGCAACGCGCCUGUGAUGUUCACCUUAAUGAUUGUCUGAAGGUCUGUUGUGGGUAGCAUUGGUCUUGUUAGUUAUAUGGUGUUGUCAUCUUCACUACUGUUUGGGAGCCGGUUUCUGGAGACUGAAUAGUUUCUGUUAAAUCAAACAGGUUGGCACUGCUACUGUUGUUGCAAAAACAGCAAGGGCUAAAAACUUUUACUCCUACAUGUUAGUAUGUGUUAUGCUUCGGUUAUUGGACAUGCUUUAUGGAAAUGUGUUAGUAUUCGGUACGAGUAUAUGUAGUUGUGCUAUUUUUUGGUGAA